AUGGCGUCAUCGUCAGACUCGCACCAGCGGAAGUACACAGCGCGCAUAUCCAACCAAGAAUGGGAAAAAUGGAAAGAUGACAUUAGAACCGAGUUUCUCGGCGACAAGACUGUGGACGAGGUUGUCGCAUCACUCAACAACCGCGGUUUGAAUGUCACGAAGCCCCAACUCCAACACAAGGCAAAGCAAUGGCGACUCCACAAGAAUUUGUCCUCCGAUACGUGGCGCUACAUCGACCACACUGUGCGGAAGCGUAAAGCUGAUGGGAAAGAGUCCGUGGUGAUUUUGUCCGGGAAGCGUCUGUGUACCAAAAAGACAACACCCGAAUCUCCGGGAAGUGAAAUCGACCUCUUCGUCUCCACUCCACGUGCUUCAAGCCCAAGUCUUGCAGAACUUGUGGUAUUCCCAAGAUCGCUUCCCUGGUACCAAUUUCUGCAAAACGUCUCUAUGAAAUUACUUCCAGCUCCAAAGGUUUUAACGACCCGUGGGAGAAAUUCGAGAACGCAAGAGCCCGAGGACCACGGAAACGACACCAUAUCUCGCCUGGCACGAUAUGAGCAGAAGGAUCUUGCCAAAUUUGUAACACCGGCGACUAUCCAAUUCGUUUUAUCCCACCUUGUCCGUCGAACCAUACAGCUACUUACUAAAUCUGAAGAGAUAGCAAAGUUGCAAAAUGCCUUCCUCAGUGUUGAGUGGAUGGCAGCACGGUUCUCAAGUAUUCUACCAGAAUCUUUCUCAGGACAAAAUCUUCAACGAGCCAGUUCCCUUAUUAGCAACAAGGAUCACGAUCAACAGAAAACCCUGUCACAUAUCUUUAUUUAUCUCGCAUCCAAUCAUUUUGUGCUAGACGAAGAGAAUGGCUUGGAAAGCAACCUAUCGACCGCUGAAGCAUUUGUCCUUCUGAUCCGGCUUAUCAGCCUUGGAUCGCCGCGCAUGCUACACAACCUAAUCCAAUUCUCCCGUGAGAGCUUGACACUCGCGGCUGCGGUGGAAGAGCUUUUUCAAGCUGCAAUAAUAGUUGGCGCACUUGACAUUGUGGCAAAUAUUUUGGAAAAGAAACCCUGGAUGAUCACUGUGGAGAUGCGGACCCAUAUACCCUUCAUUGGUACAUUGCCGCCCUUGCAUUAUGCCGUUUCUCAGGGAUCCGUUGAUCUUAUCAACAUCCUUUUGAAGUUUCAGCCCGACGUCAAUGGAAUUAGCCGCACGAUCUCUGGGAUCGCAGGGUGGGCUCCCUUAUCUCUCGCUGCUUGCCACCGUGCACACCAGCUCUCAUGCAGGAUUGCAGACAUACUUCUCCAGAAUGGGGCCAAUCCCUACGCAGGGGCAAGCCCAGACCCAUUGUCAAUGUGCCUCGGCCACGGAAACAAUAAAUUAGCACUUCAAUUGAUUGAGCUAGGGGCCUCCGCGGACAACUUCUGUCGCUCCGAGUUUAAUGGGAUAGAUAUCGUAGAUAUUUACCAUAAUGGUACUUUCUUCGAUGCAACGAUCUGUGCAACGAUGAGCCAGAGAGGAUCUUCACUGAGCGAUUUCAGUCCGUUUGGACUUGCAGCAUCAGCAAACGAUCCACAAAGAAGCACACAUGAUGAAAACGAACUGAAUGAGGUCAUGGACGAUGAAAAGGAAGUGGUGGUUUUGACACUUGUUGAAGCUCUCACAGAGAUGACAGACUCGCCCUGCGGAUCAGAUGCCAUGAUAUUGGCGGCUUCAAGGGGCCACUUGAGCGUCAUGUCGUAUCUCAGAAAUCAACUCGGCCAAGAAGUUGAUUCCACAAACGGAGCUAUGUCACCUCUGUACGCGGCUGUUCUUUGGAAUCAGGUGGAUGCAGCUCGACAGCUGUUGGAGUGGGGAGCGUGUGCCUCAAUGGACGAAAGGCUCCUUACAUCUUGGAUUGAAUCUAAGCAUGGACUACCAACACCAUUGCAUAUUGCGAUUCAGUUUGGAUCUUCCGAUAUGCUGGAACUACUGAUUCAUCACAGAUGUGACAUUGAUCAGCCGAGCGAGUUCUUUACGAACAUAUAUUCAAAGCAAUGGCGACCCUCCGGAUGGCGAUCAAUUGAGCACAAGCCCGAUAAAUCAAACCGGGAGGGAGCACUUACCUGUUCCGCGGUGUCCCCUCUACUCUUUGCAGUUCUACAGAAACAAUGGGACAAGGCAGAGACCCUUCUUGCUUUAGGAGCGAAACCUUCUGGAGACGUUUUGUUUGAAGCUUCACAGCAAGGAAGAUCGGAACUGGUAGCCAGAUUGCUCGAAAAGGGUGUCCGACCAGAUGAAUCUAUUCGAGGUGGUAUGACAGCUCUCGAGGAAGCGGCUAAGCAAGGGCACGAACCAGUAGUUCUUCAAUUGCUCGAUGCAGGACCUACAAUCAUUAAUAUCAGUUUCUCGGCUUUAUUUUGUCUUCCCAAUACCUCAACUAUACAAACUCUUCUCCGCAAUUAUCCAAUUACUCCGACAUCGAGAGAUGAAAGGACCAAAAGGAGCUAUCUGGAGAAUGCAAUCUUACGUGGGCAUGAGGACAUAGUGACUCUUGCACUUGAGUUUGAUCACGAUUACUAUGACUCUGGAGCUCUUUGUGCUGCAGUCUUCCAGGACAUCACAAACCAUUCACCAUUCACGCAUCUUCUGCUACAUGAGCUCGUCACGAGGCGAGAAAACUCCUCUUGUACCAAAAGCCAGGUUCAACUAUCAUUGGAAUCUACAGCGAUAUCGAUGGCUGCAUUUUAUGAUAGGCUGGAUAUAAUUGACACUCUUUCGCAGAGCAGAAUACCGGGGCGCUGUCAAGUUUUGGCCGUACGUGUUGACUGUCUACAGGAUGAUUCUCCAGAGUAUCACAAAACUUGGAGAUCUCGUUUGGCUCAUGACGAGCUACUUUGGUAUGAAUGGCAUAAUUCUCAAUCACCAGGCGCAUCGCCACUCGAGUAUGCUGCGAUGGGUGGAAGCGAACGAGCUUCCCUAAGACUUUUGCAAGAAGGCUGUCGUCCUGAUGUAGGAAGUCUCCAUGCCGCAAUGUCUCACCUAGGCGACGAUGUGGCUGAAAAAUUUAUUGAGCAAUGUGAAAAUGUCAAUAUGGUCUAUCCAUUCUAUCAUAACUACACAACGCUGCAGGCAGCAGUCCGAAAGCGAAAAAGGAAGCUGGUUGAGAAGUUAUUGGCCAAAGGUGCCGAUAUCAACAUGUACGAGCCAUCCAAGCCCGGACUUUUCAACGAAUGGGGGUUCCCUGCACUCACCAUAGCUGUCAGUACCGGUGACACUGAUCUUGUUUCUCUUUUGCUGAAGGAAGGAGCGGAUGUGAACACGGGACAUUCCUCAAAAGCCUUCUGUACGGCACUUCAAUUGGCUGUUGCGGAAGGUUAUAUCAGCAUUGUAAAGUGCCUCAUUAGUCACGACGCUGAUAUGUCUGCCAGAAGAUACCCAUGCUUUGGGUUUGACAUUCCUGGCCAAGGAACUCCUCUAGAAGAAGCAGCCCGUCGGGGACGCCUCGACAUCCUCCAGCUUCUUUUGGACAGUGGAGUCUCUACAUUGAGAUACGGUCGAGUUCAAUAUGUCUUGUCGAUCAUAUAUGCUCAGAAAUCAGGGCAUCACGCUAUCUUACAGGCACUCAACGACCAUAGAUCCUGGUCAGCAGAAGAUCAAGAAAUCUAUGAAGAACUCGCCGAAUUUCCUCCUGAUAGAGGGCUUUUCUUUCACCCCAAGGAAUAUCGGGAGGCCGAAUUCUCGAAGGUGGUAGGAGAAACAAUAUGGCAGUUGGGACUACACCAUAGCUUAGGCUGGUGGAAAGAUGAGCCAUUGGUUCCCAGGGCUGCAACUUCUGAGGGGAACUUCGACAGAGUAUCCGAAUGUUUUACUAAUGAAUCAGAUUCAGACGGAGAGGAAAGUACCAUAUGUGUGGACGAGAACUUUUCAACGGUGGCAAGGAUAGCAGAUGCGACAUUGGAUAACAGUGAGGAACUUGACAGACCUGAGGGUGAUGAAGUCAACCUGCUUGGCAAUGAGACUUCGCAAUACUCAUUCGAUACUGAGCUGUCUUUCAUGGAGCAGUCUUCGAUAUUUCAUGCUAUUGAUGGAAUGGACACACUCCAUCAUUCUUUGUGGCCUUGUAACGGCGACUUUGAAUGGUCCGGAGACGAUGGCAUGAACAUGUUCAUUGAUCCAGAGGAUAUCUUGCAAUGGCCCGGAGAAGAUGGCAUGAACAUGUCCGUUCAUCCAGAGAACCAGAAUUCGGGAACCACAUUCGCCGGACAGCAGCAGGAUGCUGACGAAGUCAUGGAGAUGGAAGGAGACAUCUUCGAGCAUAUAGAAUGGUACCAAACGCACGAUAGGUGGGAUGAGAGUUUUACAAAUUAG